GCCGCCCGCCAGCCAGCGGUGGCGCGGGCGCUGGAGCGCGGGGCCCGGAGGAGGCGGGGAAGAUGGACCCGGCGCCCUCGUUGGGCUGCAGCCUCAAGGAUGUGAAGUGGAGCCCAGUGGCGGUGCCUCUAGACCUGCUGGUCAGCACCUACCGCCUGCCCCAGAUCGCGCGGCUGGACAGCGGAGAGUGCGUGGAAGGGCUGCGGGAAAAUGACUACCUGCUGAUCCAUUCGUGCCGUCAGUGGACCACCAUCACUGCCCACAGCCUGGAGGAAGGUCACUAUGUCAUUGGGCCAAAGAUAGAGAUCCCUGUACAUUAUGCAGGACAAUUCAAGCUGCUGGAACAAGACCGGGAUAUAAAGGAGCCGGUGCAGUAUUUCAACAGCGUGGAGGAAGUAGCCAAAGCUUUUCCCGAACGUGUGUACGUCAUGGAGGAAAUCACAUUCAACGUGAAGGUUGCCUCAGGUGACGGUAACGAAGACACGGAAGUGUACAACAUCACCCUGUGCACUGGGGAUGAACUCACCCUGAUGGGCCAGGCAGAGAUCCUUUAUGCAAAGACCUUCAAGGAGAAGUCUCGACUCAACACCAUCUUCAAAAAGAUUGGGAAACUCAAUUCCAUCAGCAAGCUGGGAAAAGGCAAAAUGCCGUGCCUCAUUUGCAUGAACCACCGGACCAACGAAAGUAUCAGCCUUCCAUUCCAGUGCAAGGGCAGGUUUAGCACCCGAAGUCCCCUGGAGCUUCAGAUGCAGGAAGGGGAACACACCAUCCGAAACAUCGUGGAGAAGACUAGGCUCCCGGUCAAUGUGACCGUGCCCAGUCCGCCUCCCAGAAACCCCUAUGACCUCCACUUCAUCCGCGAGGGACACCGCUACAAGUUUGUGAACAUCCAGACCAAGACCGUGGUGGUUUGCUGUGUGCUGCGCAACAACAAGAUCCUCCCCAUGCACUUCCCUUUGCACUUGACUGUCCCCAAGUUCAGCCUCCCGGAGCACCUGGUGAAGGGAGAGGCGUGGCCGGAAGCCCUGGUCCACCACUGGCUGGGCAUCUGCCAAGAGCAGUUUGACAUCGAUGAGUAUUCACGGGCUGUCCGCGAUGUGAAAACGGACUGGAAUGAAGACUGCAAGAGCCCCAAAAAGGGCCGUUGCUCCGGCCACAACCAUUUACCCAAUUCCCUCAGCUAUGCCCGCGACGAGCUCACCCAGUCCUUCCACCGCCUCUCGGUCUGUGUGUAUGGCAACAAUCUCCAUGGGAACAGCGAAGUGAACCUCCAUGGCUGCAGGGACCUUGGGGGAGAGUGGGCCCCAUUUCCUCAUGACAUCCUUCCCUAUCAAGACUCUGGUGACAGUGGGAGCGACUACCUUUUCCCGGAAGCUAAUGAUGAGUCGCCCAGCAUCCCUGGGAAGUCCGAAGUUCCCUAUGAAGAGCUGUGGUUGGAGGACGGCAAGGCGAGCCGCCAGCCUCUCACUCGGUCGCUCAGUGAGAAGAGCAGGUGUGACCCCUUGAAAGGCUCCACACGAUCCAAAUGUACAACUUCUCUUCCUGCCCCUGCAACCCUGGGAGCCACAGUGAAGUCUUCAGAAAUCACCCUACCUCCACCUCCAGUGCCUCCCAAAUCUGAAGCUGUCAGGGAAGAAUGCCGACUCCUGAACGCCCCACCUGUUCCACCCCGGAGCGCAAAGCCUUUAUCCACAAGUCCCUCCAUCCCUCCUCGCACAGUCAAGCCGAUUCGGCCGCAGACUCGCUCCCCCAGCCCCACCCUGUCCUACUAUUCCUCAGGGCUGCAUAACAUCAGCAUCCCUCAAAGUGACACAAGUCCUCCUGACAGCGCCCCUGUUUCCUGCUACCCCUGCAACCGAGUGAAGAGUGACUCUGCAGACCCCACAUCCCCAUUUGGAAGUCCUUCUGCCGAAGCUCUGGCCUCGCGGCUCUCGUGGCCCAACCAUUACUCGGGAGCAGCAGAGAAGCAGACAAGGAGUGACUUUCUACUCGAUCCGAGCAAGAGCUACAGCUACCCCAGACAGAAGACACCUGGCACACCAAAGAGAAACUGCCCAGACCCUUUUGAUGUCGAUGGCUGCUGCGAGCUCCCGAGUAGCCCACCCAGCACGGCCUCUGCCGAGUUCAGUAGCAGCGGUAUCUCCAGUUGCCCCAAGUCUGCCAGCUACUCCCUGGAGAACUCCAAGGACAACUCCCUUGCAGCAGGCGUGACCAAGCAGAGCGUCUCCUGCCCUGCCUUACCCCCAAGGGCCCCAAAGCCAGCAGAGCAGAAAGCCACCCCUGAAGCAUCUCCCUUGCCUCUGAAAAUUGACGGUGCUGAGGAGGACCCCACGGCAGGGUCGUUGGACCUUUCCGAGGACCAGUAUUUUGUCAAAAAGGGCAUGCAGGACAUCUUCUCUGUCUCUUACCCUUUCUCAUCUCCGCUCCACCUCCAGUUGGCCCCCAGGUCCUGUGGGGAUGGUUCCCCGUGGCAGCCACCCGCCGACCUAUCAGGACUCUCCAUAGAGGAAGUGUCCAAGUCUUUACGGUUCAUUGGUUUGUCUGAAGAUGUCAUAGCCUUCUUUGUCACUGAAAAGAUCGAUGGGAAUUUGCUUGUUCAGUUAACGGAAGAAAUCCUCUCAGAGGAUUUUAAACUAAGCAAACUGCAGGUGAAGAAAAUAAUGCAGUUUAUUAAUGGCUGGAGGCCCAAGAUAUAGGCAAAAAGGCCCCAGCCAACAGGACACAGAGCUGCGAGACGUGUGCUAGAAAGGGUGGACUAGGA